UUUGCGCUGCUGGAGUUUGAAAGGAGCGAGUGGAGCUAAUAUGUGUCUCAGAGUUUAGGAUAAGAGAUAUGCGCCAUAGUUGAAGCGUGAAUAAGGAAGGGUCCGCGUGCCAUGGCUGGCAUCACCUCCGUCCCCUUCAAACUCUUUCACUACCACGCCACACCUUCUCCUCUCUUCACUUCUUCUCAUUCCAAAGUCUUCGGCCUUUCCCUCUCUAAUCCCAAUUCCCUCAAAUACGAUCCUUCUCUCUCCACCUCUCUCUUCUACGUAACCGCACGCUACGGCGGUGGCGGCGGCGGCGGCUCUCGCUCCUUCGGCUCCGGCGACCCCCGGAGACGCCAGCCCGAAACCGAUGACGACCAAGCUCUCGACCUCUCCACUCUCAGGUCAGAUACCGUGAGGCUUAUUGAUCAGAACCAGAACAUGGUUGGAGUAAUGUCAAUUGACGACGCCAUUCAAAUGGCUGAAGAUGUCGAACUUGAUUUGGUAAUAUUAUCCCCGGAAGCAGAUCCUCCUGUUGUUAGAAUAAUGAAUUACAGCAAAUAUCGAUACGAACAACAGAAGAAGAAAAGAGGACAACAGAAGAAAAGUGCUGCUAGUCGGAUGGAUUUGAAGGAGCUCAAAAUGGGUUACAACAUAGAUGAGCAUGAUUAUUCAGUGCGUUUGAGAGCUGCACGGAAAUUUUUGAAAGAUGGUGACAAGGUUAAGGUCAUAGUAAACCUUAAGGGUCGUGAAAAUGAAUUCAGGAAUAUUGCUAUUGAGCUUAUUACACGUUUUCAGAAUGAUGUUGGGGAGGCUGGACUAGAGGAGGCAAAAAACUUCCGUGACAGAAAUAUCUUCAUAAUUUUGGUACCAAACAAAGCUGCUGUACAGAAAACUCAGGAACCACCAAAGAAAAAAGAUAAGUCCGCUAAAGAUGAAGUCUCCGCCAGUGUCCAAGCGUAACCGAAAACUUCCAAGCUAGUUUCUAAUUGUAGAAUGAAUUGAGUAACUUAUUGGUCUGAGUUGUAUGAUUUAUAAUUCAUGUGCAAUAAUAUCAUAUAAAUUCUCGAGGAUUUUAAUUAUAGAGGCAGCCUUGGCUUUUCGA